UCAGGGAAUUCUGAGGGGGCAACGGCCCCUCCCCCCAUUCUGCUUUUUUCUUCUCCUUCUGUGACAGUCCUGGAGUUCUAGCUCACACAGAGACCCAGGAGUAUGAAGCAGAACCUAGGACAGCACCAAGACAUGUAGGGAAGAGGAGAAGAGACGCCCUAAUUCCCAGACUUCAUGGAGCAGCCUGAGCCAACUGAGCCAACCCGAACAGCCAGAACGUCCCCAACCUCACCGGGCACGCUGGUGUCCCCAACCUCUCCAGCCACCCCAGGCUCAGCAGCCCCUCCAGUCACCCCAGGCUCAGCAGCCCCUCCAGCCACCCCAGGCUCAGCAGCCCCUCCAGCCACCCCAGGCUCAGCAGCCCCUCCAAACACCCCAGGCUCAGCAGCCUUUGCGAUCACCUCCGCUGCCCAAGUGCCUCUGACCUUCCCUUCCUCAUCUUCACCGUAUGCAGAAAGAGUGUCCAGGAUCAUCACCUCCCAGAAACAAAGGGCAGGAAUAUGGUUUCCUCACCUCGACCUGAUGGAGAAAACCCCAGAGUCCACCACGGCCGCCAUGCUGAAGCAGCCUUUCCUUCCAGAAAGUAAGCGGAAGUUGGAGGAUCGGCUGCCUUCUCGCUACCAGCUCCGCCAACAGCAAGCUAGCAAGAGCAACUUCCCAUUUUCACUGCAUGACAACCGGCAUGGCCUGGAAUUCUGUGGCCACGGUCUGGAUGAUGGUCUAGGACGGAAGAAGCUGGAUCAGGUGCAAACGCACUUCGAUUCUACCAAUUUCAAUCGUUGGGCAAGUGACUAUGUACCCACCCCAGAUGACAACUUAAGCACUUACCAAGCAUCAUAUGUCCCUAAGCCCAAAGCAAAGGGCUUCUUCUUUCGACUCUACCCAAAACAUCACUCACAUGACAGGUGGGGUGCUCAUUUUAUAUGAGGAUGGAGCCAAUGCCAAUGGGAGGAAGCUGGGAAUCAGCUUUCCAACAAACCCCUUACCUCAAGACGUUUUCUCUUCCUUUUCUGUAAGGGCAUAAUAAAAGAAGGUCCUUUCAAUUCAGCACCACUUUUAAAACACAAACUUAGGACUACUAGAGUGUGGAUACCAUAGAGACUUUGUUUCAUAAUAAUAGUUUUGGUGAGUAAGUUUCUUUAAAUAACAAAAUGUUCAUAGAAAUGAUUGUACUGGGGAAUAGGAGCCUUCCCUACCACCCAUUUAUUAUAAUAAUGCCAUCAUCAGCUGCAGAUUUUUAAAAAUGAAAUUUAGCUAAAGAGAAAUUCCUUAAUUAUGUAUUUCUGCAUUAGAACUCAAAUUAUAUGAGCAAGAUAUGUUGUUACGUGA